UCCUAACUCACUCCAAGUUAGACUGAAGUGUGUGAAAGUACUGUUGAAGGACUCGCGUGUCUUCAGUUAUUUCAGCUCGUUAAUGGACUAACCGAGACGAGCGGGGGAAAAGCCGUGCAUAUAGCAUGAUAAGCUGAGAUCUCCUGCAGCAGAUGAGGGAAGAUGUUGGCCAUGGAUCAAGGCGUAGUGGAGGAGUGGCUGUCUGAGUUUAAGACUCUUCCAGAGACCGCCGUCUCCAGCUACGCUGCGUCUCUGAAGGACAAGGGCUCUCUGGUUCCUGCACUCUAUAAAGUCAUUCGGGAGAAUUACAGCGACCUGCUGGAGCCGGUGUGUCAUCAGUUGUUCGAGUUUUACCGCAGCGGCGAGCCGCGUUUACAGCGCUUCACUCUGCAGUUUCUGCCGGAGCUGGUGUGGAGUUACCUGUUGGUGACGGCGGCGAGAGAUCCUCACUGCAGCGGCUGCAUCGAGGCACUUCUGCUCGGCAUCUACAACCUGGAAAUCGUUGAUAAAGACGGGCAGAGUAAAGUGUUGUCCUUCACCAUCCCUUCCUUAUCGAAGCCAUCGGUUUAUCACGAGCCAUCUUCCAUUGGCUCUCUGGCCUUGACGGAAGGAGCCUUAGCCAAUCACGGUCUGAGUCGUGUGGUGUACAGCGGCCCCCACCUGCAGCGCGAGACCUUCACCGCGCAGAACAGGUUUGAGGUGCUGACGUUCCUGCUGCUGUGUUAUAAUGCGUCUCUGAGCUACAUGAGCAGCUCGUCUCUGCAGUCUCUGUGUCAGCUCAGCUCCAGAGUCAGUAUCUGUGGAUAUCCGCGGCAGCAGGUGCGGCGCUAUAAAGGCAUCAGCUCGAGGCUCAUGGUCACGUCAGAGUUCCUCGUGCAGCUCAUCACCGGCAUUCAUUUCGCACUGUGUAACGGUGAGGUGGAGCUGGGCUCGAGGGCUCUGGAUGACGUGUUGUACCGAGCGCAGCUGGAGCUCUUCCCAGAGGCACUGCUGGUGGGAAACGCCAUCAAGUCGUCUCUCCACGGCGCGUCUCUGAAAGCCAAUAAAGAGGGAACUCGCUCCAUCCAGGUGGAGAUCACUCCCACGGCUUCCCGCAUCUCCCGCAACGCCGUCACCAGCCUGUCCAUCCGCGGACACCGCUGGAAACGCCACGGUGAGUCUCACACUUCCAGCGGAUGCGGAGACGUCUUAAAGGAGAAGUCCACUUCCAGAAUAAACAUUUCCUGAUAAUGUACUCACCCCCAUGUCAUCCAAGAUAUUC